CCUGAAUAUAAUUAUUCAAAAAUUUUAUAUGGUUAAAUAACAUAGUACUAAGCGACCAGUAAAUCCAUACAUUGACUGAUGACAAGAGCAGCACUGUUAAGCAACCAAAAGACUCAGAGAAGAAGAAUUAGUAAAAACAUCGAUGAAUAGAAAAUAAAAAUAUUAUUCACAUAAGCUGUGAUAUUUAUUUAUUCUUGAUAUUAAAUUUCAAUAAAACAUUGAAAUAUGGAUGAUGUAAGAUCGAAGAUUGACCAAGCUUGCAGAGUUGCUGAAGAAUUUACGAAAUUGUAUUAUGAAACAGUUGAUAAACGUCGACAUUUAAUAUCCAGAUUAUACAUGGACACUGGAUUAUUAUCCUGGAAUGGCAAUGGUGUCACUGGAAAUGAAAAUAUUUUAAAAUUUAUGAUUGAUUUACCGCCUACAGAUCAUGAGAUUAGCACUCUGGAUGCUCAACCAAUAUUAGAUUCUGCAGUAAACGGACAAAUAACUUUGAUGAUUCAAGUUUCAGGAAAUGUAAAAUAUCAAGAAAAACCAACGAAAACGUUUCAACAGAACUUUAUUGUUACAGCACAAGGUGAUAAGUGGAAAAUUGUUAGUGACUGUUUUCGACUUCAAGAGCCUUUAAAUACUAAAAAUAGUUAAACUCAACGUUUUGUAAUUAGUUUAAGAUUCUUUUUAAAUAAAACAUUGAUAAAUAGAA